AUGCAGCCUUUAGAAACCAUUCAAGCGGUGCAAGACUAUUAUGGAGGAUUAGCUGAGCGUGGCUCCAAGGAUAGGUCUGAGGACCAUCUGACCAGCGUUGCGAAGACGUUCGGCUAUGACCCAGAGGAUCUGAAAUCCCUUCCCGAAUAUGCAAAUCUUGGAGUCAGCUGUGGUAAUCCUUUGGCAUUGGCAAGCCUAAGAGAAGGUGAGACUGUGAUCGAUCUAGGAAGUGGUGGCGGCAUCGAUGUCAUUCUCGCUGCCCGCAAAGUCGGUCCGAAGGGAAAGGCAAUCGGAGUUGACAUGACCAAAAAAAUGCUGGCUCUCGCCCACAAAAACGUCGAAAAAGCAGGCAUCACCAACGCUUCCUUUGUCGAGGGAUUCAUCACUGCUAUCCCGCUCGAGGAUUCGACAGCCGACUGCAUCAUCAGCAACUGUGUCGUCAAUCUCGUGCCAAAAGAGCAGAAGAGCCUUGUCUUUCAUGAGAUGUUCCGGCUUUUGAAACCUGGAGGUCGAGUUGCGAUCAGUGACAUCCUUGCUCGGAGGAAGCUUCCGCCCGAGAUCGCGAACGACUUGGCGCUGUAUGUUGGCUGCAUCGCUGGUGCCAGUCAGGCCCAGGAGUACCAUGCAUAUCUGAAGGACGCUGGGUUUUGCGACAUAACAAUUGUGGACACUAAGGCAGACCUCAACGUGUACAAAGAUAUGCCGCAAGAGAAGCCUGCCUGUUGUGGCAUGUCCUGCUCCGGCGUUCAAAACAAUGACAACAUUCGGGACUAUGACUGUAAUGAAUGGGCUGGCUCCUUUCAGAUAUACGCCGUCAAGCCAGCAUUGUGA